AGGGAGGACUUGGGUGUUGUCUCCCAAGUGAAGUCUAGAUUUUUUCACUUCGCUGUGUUCAUCCUCGCACGCGUUUACCCGCGGAAUCGUCCUGUCAACUCUGCACCGAAUAAAUCGCCCAACGGACCACCAUGGGAGUCGAAGGUUGCACCAAAUGCAUGAAGUACAUGCUCUUCUUCUUCAACUUCAUCUUCUGGCUUGUAGGAGGUGUAAUCCUGGGUGUUGCCCUGUGGUUGAGACAUGACCCCAAGAUCAGCAGCCUGCUGGAGCUUAAAGUUGAUGACACCGUAGCCCCCAGUACCUUCUACACCUGUGUCCACAUUCUGAUUGCUGUGGGUGCAGUGAUGAUGGUGGUCGGUUUCCUUGGCUGCUACGGUGCCAUUCAGGAGUCUCAGUGUCUGUUGGGAACGUUUUUCGCCUGCCUCGUCAUCCUGUUUGCCUGCGAAGUUGCUGCUGGGAUCUGGUGCUAUAUGAACAGAGACACUGUUUCAGUCGAGAUUAUAAACUUCUAUGACUCUGUGUAUGACAAGGCCAUGAAACAGACCAUUACUGACUCAGAGCGAAAGAAGGCUGUUGCCACUGUACUCAAGGUCUUCCAUGAGACGCUGAGCUGCUGUGGGAAAGGCGAGGGGACCAAUGUUCUCACCUUGUUUACAGAUAAACUGGGCCUGACUGAUCUCUGCCCCAGCAGCGGAUAUACGACCAACUGCCACCAUAGAAUCCGGGAAUUGUUCUCGGAAAAGAUUUACCUGGUUGGUAUAUUCGCUCUGGUGGUUGCUGUUAUUAUGAUCUUUGAGAUGAUUUUCAGCAUGGUGUUGUGCUGCGGGAUUCGCAACAGCCCGGUGUACUGAAGUGAUGGGCUGCCAGCAGAAUCACCAGUAAAGGAAGGAUGACCAUGCAGACUGUCUCCUCUUCUUUCUUUUAUAGCUGAAAAUGUCACAUAUAGUGCUUGCUGGAUUUAGUCAGCUCUCUAAGACAAUGUAAACCAUCCACCAUUUAGCAUUUUAUUACACUGUUGAUGUUUUGUUUGUUUUUUUGUUAGUCACAGAUGCUGUUAUGCCUCUUAGAUCAGUGCUAUCCUUACCUGAUGUGUAGAUAUUAUAUCACGUCACACAUGAGUUACAUUCACCGGUCGAGGUGCUGUAAUCCUUAGUGACUGAUUAGUUGUUUACUGCUCCCUUGCCUAUGAACAUGCUCUUAUAUUCUUGGUUUUAUGGAUGUUAUUUCACUGUUUUAUGUAUAAACUGUAUAUAAUUAUAUGUGGACAGUGCUUUAUGUCUGCCUGAGCAUGGAUAUUGUAUUACAUGAGCUCCUUCUCCAGUCCUGUAUUCCCUGCUUGUUUGUCUUGCUCUAAAGUGAACCAGGUAACAGUAUAUAUGACCGCCACUAGUGAAGCACUGGGGUUGGCCUCACCAUGUUAGAUAGACACAAACACACUCCGUCUCACAGACUGUUGUCUUCACAUCCAUAUCCACAUCUCUGUGUGAUGUAUGCAGGAACCGAACCAGUUAAUCUUAGAGGAUUGGAACCAGAGUCACGGACCUGAUGUGGUUAUUCGUUCUGUAUGUCGUUCAUCAUGUGUCCUAAAACUGUCAUGCAUCUGUGCACUUAUUUGUUGAGGCAACUUGCUUAACACUGCAACAAACUUUCCCAAAUUGGAGAAAUUGGAUGGAAAUAUGCCCGAGAUGGCUCAAAAGUCUAAAUGUAUCUAUUAUUAAUCUAGCCAUGCAUGUAUUGGUUGUGCUAUUUACCAAUAUAUAUGUUGACUGUAAACACAUCAGCCUGACGUCCUUGGUUGCUACCCCUUUCUUCUGUUUACUCAUAGAAGAACCACAGUGAAAUUCCAACCUAGAACAUAGGAAAGAAGCUUGAGUGGGUGUUCUGAAUCUGGCUUGCUGUGUCUGGUUGAGUCUAGUCCUGUCUUAUCUGACAUGGUUACGUCAUUGUCCUUGUACUGUCCAUCCGGCCUCACAGCAUACCUCAGUACAUGGCCAGAACAGGGUAACAUCUCUUUGGCUCCCAGCUGUUUGCUGUAAUCUCAUUUCAUCUCAUCUCAUCUCAUCUCAUCUUAUAUAUCGCUUAAUCCUCACUAGGGUCACGGGGGGUUGCUCUAGCCUGUCACAGCUGAAAUCGGGCGAUAUCCGGGGUACACCCUGGACAGGUCGCUAGUCUAUCGCAGGGCUAACACAGAGACCUACAACCAUUCAUACGCACACCUAAGGUUAAUUUGGGGUCACCAAUCAGCCUAACAAGCAUGUCUUUGGAGGUGGGAGGUGGCUGCAGUACCUGCUGUAGCCGCUGUGUCGCUCCGUUUGCUGUGAUCUUUUCAUAACAUUCACCUAUGUUGCUAAGUGUAUUUGUGUACCCCGGGACUUUCCUUAAACCAUUUGAGCUUUAAAAUAUUGUCAACCAAUUCUGUCCCCCUAGGUCAAGUUGCCACUGAUGCAUAACUGCACAGCACUGCAGUGCACUAACUUAACUCGUCCUAAACAAAGACUCACAUAACAUCAUAGCAUCUUGUGUAACCUUCCAUAUAACCUUAGCUUUUGUCAACCAAUUAAAGCCUUGCCUUGUUAACUACUCACACUUAAAGUAAGUGUGUCGUACAGCUCUAAUGUAUUGUACUAAUGAAAAUAAUGAAGGUUGUAGAAAAAAACGUAUGCCUUUUUCCUCUUUGUAUUGUGAUAUAUUUGUCUGAUGUCAUCAGAGGAGCCUGGACAGAAAGGGAGGAAGAUUUUGUGGCAGUGCCUAUUGAGAGGAAUUCAAACCUUCAGCCUGAUAGUUAAUUUCUCCCCAGAUCAUUGAAAUCAUUUGAAAAAACGGCCACGCCCAGUUCAGUAUGAGGAGAUUGGCUGUGUGUUUCUUACAGUAAUGUCCAUGUUGCUGCCUUGAAUCGGGUAACUGGCGCUCGAGAGUCACUGCCACUUAAAUCUCACCCCCUCUCUACUCUUGUAGACUUUGGUUUGCCCAAAUAUAAAGGGAUUAAAUGUAUUUUACAAAUAACUAA